CAACUGGCCAUUUUAGGUAGUGAACAUGCCCCACCUACUGCUUCAUAUUUGGAGAGAGGCAGACUUUGGAACACAGAAAGAGUUUCCUCUCCCAGAGAAGGGAGCCUUGGAAAGCACACCAGAAAAUCGGCCGAAUAAGGAACAGUCAACAUGGGAAAGUACCUGGUGCUUUGCUCAAUAGCGAUCCUCUUUAUUCUGCUUCAGACAGAAGUUAGCAUGUCCCUUUCCAGAAGAGGAAGCAGCAGACCCAGUGGUGGCGGUAACAGGGGGAGUCACCACAAGCCCAGCCGGCCUGCACAUCAGCCUAGUAAACCCAGCAGGCCAGUCCAUCAACCUAGCAAACCGAGCAGGCCUGUGCAUCAACCUAGCAAGCCAAGCAGGCCUGUGCUUCAACCUAGUAAACCUGGCAAUCCUGUACACAAACCUAUAAAACCUGUACAAAACCCUGUAAAACCUGUACAGGAAGUACCGGUCCAGUCUGCACGACAACCAGUCCAGCCUGUGCAAAAUCCCAUGGUGCCACAAAACAAACCCGCAAAUAACCCUCCACCAUAUAACCCUGCAUACCAGCCACAUAAUCCUGCCAACCCUGCACAAAACCCUGCAUACCCGCCACAUAAUCCUGCCAACCCUGCACAAAACCCUGCAUACCCUCCACAUAAUCCUGCCAACCCUGCAUACCCUCCUCAUAAUCCUGCCAACCCCGCACAAAACCCUGCAUACCCUCCACAUAAUCCUGCUAACCCUGCAUACCCUCCUCAUAAUCCUGCCAACCCUGCAUACCCUCCUCAUAAUCCUGCCAACCCUGCAUACCCUCCUCAUAAUCCUGCCAACCCCGCACAAAACCCUGCCUACCCUCCACAUAAUCCUGCCAACCCUGCAUACCCUCCACAUAAUCCUGCCAACCCUGCACAAAAUCCUGCUUAUCCACAUAAUCCUGCCAACCCUGCGUACCCACCGCAACAUCCUGCCAACCCCGCACAAAACCCUGCUUACCCACCACAUAAUCCUGGCUACCCUCAACACAACCCUGCCUACCCAGCCCCAAAUCCUGGCUACCCCCAUAACCCUAAUUACCCACAAAACCCUAGCUAUCCCCACCCUAACCCUGGCUACCCACAGAAUCCUAAUUACCCCCAGAAUCCAAAAUGGGGUCACUAUGAUGCUAAACCAUGGAAGCCAAAGCCUCCCAAGACCAAUUUGAAGCAUAUGGCAGGAGCCGCUGCUGUGGGAGCCCUUGGUGGCUUCUUUUUAGGUCGCGCCAUGUCCAACAUGCACUUCAAUUUUAGAAACCCCGCGGAGGAACAGUGGUGGUAUGAAAAUCGCAAUCGCUAUUCUGAUCACGUCUACUAUCCAAAGUAUGAACAACCUGUUCCAGCGGAUGUCUUUGUGAGGGACUGUUGGAACAUCACAGUGAGAGAAUUCAUUGAGCCCAGUGGGAAUGAAACAGCAGAUGAGAUGGAGAGCAGAGUUGUGGCCCAAGUGGUACAUGAAAUGUGUGUUCAACAGUACCGUAGCUAUUCUGGGCAAGCAGAAGGAGGAAGCAUAAUCCACAAUACCAACAUUCAGGUGCCUAACCCAGCUAACCCUGCGAUAAAGCACACACAAGGAGAAGCUGUCGCAGGUACUGCAGUGGAAAACAGUGAGAUCAGCUUUGGUGGCCCAAUGGGCAAUAUGCAGUUUCAGUUUAAUGGCAGCGAGGAGCAACAGUGGUGGAAUGAAAACCGCUAUCGUUUAAUGGGCCGUAUUUUCCAGCCAAACUACAGCUAUCCUGUUCCGAUUGAUGUUUUUGUGAAUGACUGCGUGAAUGCCACGAUGGGCGAGUACAUGAAGCUGAGCAGAAAUGAAACGGCCAUUGAGACAGAAACCAGAGUUCUGAAACGACUGGUACCCGAAAUGUGCACGAAGCUAUACCAUAACUACUCCAGAAAUAGUGAAAAAGAAAUGGCUUACAACAGCAACGAGAAGCUGGAAGAAUCGAUUAUACCUGUCAAACUUGCACUAGAGGACAGGGCUUCAGCACCUGCCAACCCCCCCGCAGGAAACAGUGCAAUGUCUAUGCAUUUUCAUUUUACAGAUGCCGUCCUCCUCCCUUCCAUGCUCUUGGGCACCGUGUUAUCCACACGUUUCCUGAUACCUUGAGGCAAAUCAUUCCCAUAAGCUUGUAUUUGUUGAUGUAGCAAAUGUCCAGAAGACAAAUCCAUAUAAUUUUGUAGUUUUGUCGAGAAUGCACUCUUACAUCUUGUUUAUUGAAGUGUCUUUAAGAACUGUGUAAAUGAUCUCAAGCUGCUAUCUACACUUUUUCAUCUAGGGCUAUCUUUGCUGUUUCAGAACAGUUUCUAAGUAAAGAUGUUAACAAGUUAGUUUGAAUAUUUCCACACUCUUGCCAUAACCUCAUCACACUAGAGCAUGAAACCACUUUAAAUCCGGCUUCUGCCUCCUGCAGAAUUCUGGGAUUUGUAGUUUGGUGAAGCUCAGAACCUGUCUGGCCGAGCUGUUUAAAGCCCCCUCCCUAAAGUGGAGUUCAAGUGGAUCCAAGCUCUAGUGUGAUAAGGAGGGUGCAUUUAUACUUUUUGGUGCAACUUUAAGAACCAUAGCUCAAUAUUAUGGAGCCGUACUGGUGCCUCACCAUGAUUCCUUAGCACUGCGUUAUGGCAGCUAAAGUGGUAUCAAGCUGCAUUAAUUCUACAGUGCAGACGCAGCCUUUGUCUGAAUACUAACCAUACUGGAAAUAUUAGAAAACAUCUUAUUUGACAGCCUAUACCCAUUGACACAGGACUGCAUGUUUUAUUUUGUAAUAUGGCAUUUUACAUUGAAUAAAGUCUGUUUUAGGGAGAAAGGAGCAAUCCUCCCUCUUAAUCUUUGCUGAAAGAACAUCCUCCAACAGUCUAGAUUUAGUAGGGACCGUUCUGAUUACUCCUCCGUUGUCCUGCAUUUUGUAUCUGCUUUCAAAAUGUCCCCAUUCCUACUUCAAUUCCUACAAAGUGAGUUCAAGGAGCAAAGUUUGCACUGAAUUAACUUAACACAGGGGAGAACAAAGGAGGAUGCCGAAUCUUGCCUUUCCCAGUAGACUUAGGCAAAAGCAAACCGCUGCAGUGAUGUCUCACUUGUGUGUCGUUCCAUAAUCUCAUGUUGCUUAGCUACUUGUUCUGUCUGUGAAAUGUUGGAGUGUAUGUGGAAGUGGUUUAUGGUGUUACAUAACUUAGGGGAAGACCGGAAACGCAAGCAUCUUAUGCUUCCUGCUGUCCAAAAUACAACUCCACGUGACGUUUCCAUACCCAUUUCUUCAGUGAGUCACAUGAGUCUCAUCACAAUGGAAGAAAAUGGGGCAUAAAAGUUACACUUCAGGCGUUGUGGAAAGAUGCCAUGAACCCCUUUGGUGUUGUAAAUCGAGUUGAGGGUCUGAUUCAUUCCUGAAGGGAAUGAAAACAAAACAUUAAUGGAACAAGGACAAGGAAAUGCAAGUUUCCUCUUAUAGCAAUGUGAAACAUCCUUUGGAUGUUUCUUGUUUGAAGAAAAGUUCAUACAGAGAUCCAUUUUCCAGGCAAAACAUUAUUCAAAUUUCGGUAUGGUGGCAAAGCAAAAGAUGCCUGUUUCAAAAAGACAGCAUUUUAGAGGCUUCACAAAGGUGGCUGUUUGGAGAGAUGAAGGACGCUCUGUGUUUUCUGCUUUUGCCACAGGGCUUAUGGGGAUGCGGUUCACUAAAAUACUCCCCAAAGAGCCCUAGGAAUAUUUAGAGGAAUGUGCUUCUUGCAUGGUACACUUCACUGUAGUACUUUCACAUAUGGAUUGUGAAAAUCAGUUUUCUGUGAAACCCAAUCCUUGCUUCUGGCAGUUUAUGUCCAUUCUGCAAGAUCAUGAGUCCUUUCUAUCUUGUUGAGUCAGUCUUUUUUUGUGCUGAGGAAGUGGACCAGGAUGGAAAUUCUCUUCAAUUAGUUAGCUCUAGAUGCAUAAUUGGUGAGGUUCAGGGUGCUCUCUGGUUGUAGGUUGAACUACAACUCCCACUAUGGUGAGUCAGUUCCCUCAAACCCCUUUACUAGGUUGAGUUACUCAUGGGGGUUCUGUGGGCUAAGUUUGGACCAGGUCCAUCAUUGGUGGGGGUUGCAGUUUCUCCGGUUGUGGGUGAACUACAACUCCCAGAAAGGAAGGUCAGUUUUCCCCAAACCCCUCCAGUAAUCAAAUUUUGGCACAUUAGGUAUGUGUGCCAUGAUUGAUCCAGAUCUAUCAGUGUUUGGGUUCAUAGUGCGCUUUGGAUGUAGGUGAACUACAACUCCUAUAAGUCCCUCCAAAGACCACCAAUAAUUUUUGUUGGUCAUGGGGUUCUGUGUGCCAAGUUAGUCCCAGGUCCAUUGUUGGUGUUCAGAAUGCUCUUAGAUUGCAAGUGAACUAUACAUUCCAAUACCUACAAACCUCCCCAAAUCUCUCUAGUAUGUUCAGGUGCUGAUAAAUUCCUUUGUUUGCUGUGGGCUAUAGAAAAUAACAGGAAAGGGUUAUGGGAGAGGCAGUGGGCGGAGUCAUGCAAAUUCCACACCAAUGGAGAGAGUAAGGAACACUGGGAUGUCUGUGGUGGAGGAAAAACAGAAAAUCUAGGAUGAAAUUGUCCCCAUACGAAAGUCUUCACUUCAGUGGUUGUCAGUAUGGUGUUUGUGGAGGACAUUGGCAGGACUUUUGUGCAUGUUCAUGGCGCUCACUAUAACCUGCAAUGUCAUUGGAGGGAGGACCAUUGAUGUCUCCUGAGUAGUGGGAGCUAUAGCUCUUUGAAGAGGCAGGAGCUUGCCUGUGUAAGUGGACACCCCAGCCACACACAUGCAUACAUAUUUUCACUUUUAUUAUAUGUACAGUAGAGUCUCACUUAUCCAACAUAAACGGGCCGGCAGAACGUUGGAUAAGCGAAUAUGUUGGAUAAUAAGGAGAGAUUAAGAAAAAGCCUAUUAAACAUCCAAUUAGGUUAUGAUUUUACAAAUUAAGCACCAAAACAUCAUGUUAUACAACAAAUUUAACAGAAAAAGUAGUUCAAUACGCAGUAAUGUUAUGUUGUAAUUACUGUAUUUACAAAAUUAGCACCAAAAUAUCACGUUAUAUUGAAAACAUUGACUACAAAAAUGCGUUGGAUAAUCCAGAACAUUGGAUAAGCGAGUGUUGGGAAAAUCUCUAAAGGGAAAAUAUUGCUUUUCAGAUAUGCAUGGUUACAGAGGCCUAUGUAAUUGGGAAUUAUUGCAAAACUAUUUGGAGUUUUGCAGCUAUAUUCAGAUGAAUGUAGCUGCAGUUCCCCGAAUCCAAUUAUUCUGGCAAACUUGGAAAGGUCAUGGCUACAGAGAAAGGGUUGCAGAGUCCCUUGGACACUGAACAGGGUUUCAUUGUAUAUCUUAUGUUUGAGUGUCCAACUGAUGAACUUCAGCAUUCUAGUAUUGUAGCACAGCAUUAUAGAAAAAACAAUAACAUGCACAUCCGUUUUAUUCUUAAUAAAAAGUGAUUUCCUCCCAUCAAAA